AUGUUUUCUUAAGAAGAAUAAAAAAAUAAAAUAAUCCAUCAAAAGAUAUUAAAUAAAGGAUAAUAAUAAAUAUAAAAUUCAUAUAGAAUAUUACAAAAACUUGGUAAAGGUGGAUUUGCGAAAGUUUAUUUAGCAGAAGAUAUAUAAAAUGGUGAAAAAUAUGCAAUAAAAGUAAUAGAUAAAAGUUCUAUAAAAAAGGAAUCUUUUAAAGAAAAACUGAAAUAAGAAAUUAAAUUUUAAUCGAGUUUAAAUCAUUAAAAUGUAGUCAAAUAUUAUAAUUCUUUUGAAGAUUAGCAUAAUGUUUAUAUUGUACUUGAAUACUGUAGCAACUAAACUUUCAAAUAAUUAAUGGAAAGAAGAAAUAAACUUACAGAAAUAGAAGUAAAAAGCCAUUUAAUAUAAAUUAUUAACUCUUUAAAAUAUAUUCAUUCUUAAGGAAUUAUACAUAGAGACUUAAAAAUAGAAAAUAUUUUUCUUAAUGAUAAAAUGGUUGCUAAAAUAGCUGAUUUCGGUUUAAGUGGAAAAAUAAUAUCUUCAUUUCAUAAAAGAAAAACUAUUUGUGGAACACCUAAUUAUAUUGCUCCUGAAGUUUUAAAAAAUGUAGGGCAUAAUUAUUUAGUAGAUAAUUGGGCUGUGGGUAUCAUAGCGUAUACAUUUUUAAUAGGAACACCUCCUUUUGAAGAAAAAGAAGUAGAAAACACAUUAUCAAACGUAAAAGCAGGCCGUUAUUAAAUUCCAGUAAAAAUAAAUAAUAAAAUAUUAGAAAAAUUGUAUUAAAAUAUAAAGGAUAACAUAAAUAUAUCAAAAUAAGCCUAAAAUUUUAUCUAAAAAAUACUUGUUUAAACUCCUGAAAACAGACUUUCUUUAGAUGAAAUGUUAUAACAUGAAUUUUUGAAAAACGGGGAAUUUACUAUACCUAAAGUUUUACCAGAAAGCACUUUAACAGAAGUUCCUUCUUAAAAUUAUCUACAAAAAUUAAGGAAUUAUAGUUUUUUUGAUUAAAAAUAAUAAUAGAAUGAAAAUAAUAUAUAUAUAAAAAAUAAAAUAGAAAUGAACUAUUAAAGUUUAAAAAUGUUAACAAAAGUAAAUUAAUAAUUAAAUUAAAAUCUUUACUAAAACAAUAGUUCGGCUAAAAGUGUAAAAUAAUAAAGCCUGAGCUUGUUGAAAAAAAAUCAUACUUUUCAUGAUACAGAUUAAUUAUUACAUAAUACUUAGAAAAAUGAAAAUAAUAAUAUAUAGAUUAUUGAUAAUUCUUUUAUAUAUUUACAAGAUUAUGUGUUUUGUGAUAAUAAAUAAGGAUUAGGGUAUUUACUUAAUAAUGGAAAUUUAGGAUUUGUUUUAAAUGAUGGGAAUGUUUUUUAUAUUUCUAAUAAGUAAAUCAAUAUAUUAAAGUAAAAAAUUUUAUUGUAGUUUUUUUUUAUAUUAGUUAAUUUUAUCAUAUUUAAAAUAUUAAUAAUAUGUUUGUUAAUAAGUAAUAUGAUUUUAAUAAUAUUCCUUAAAAUAUUUAAAAUAUUUUUAAAUAAAUUCUAUCUAUUUAGAAACAUUUUUUAAAUAAACAUUAAAACUUAAAUGUAAAAUAAAAUAUAAAAUAAAUGCAUAUAUUAUACAACUUAUAUAAUAAAAAAAGAAUCAAAAUAUUAAAUAUAUUGA